AUGCGCGCUCAGCUUGCAAGUGCGCUCGUGGCGCUGCUCGCAGCGCCGCACCUGCAGCCUGAGGCGCUGGUACUGGACGGCGCCGCGAGUGGCACAGACACAGAGGUGGCCAGCGCCGCAACGGCGGCGGUGGCCGCAGCGGCCCGCAGCGUGGGCCAGUCGCUGGUGUCACGGCUGCAGCACGUGCUUGGGGCACUGCUGAGCGGCUCCUGGGCGGGCUGGCUGCGCGGCAGCAACAAGCGGCUGCGUGAGGUCCCUGCGUACGGCGGCACGGCGCACCUGUGGGCAGCCCUCGACGGCCUGCCGCAGCACAGGCUGCCGGACGCGCUGCGUGCACGCAUCCGUGCCGCGUUGCCUCUGCCGCCCGAGCCCGCACCGCUGCUGCUGCCAGAGCCGCUUGCCGGCGCACCAGCCCUAGCAGCCGCUGACGACAUGGACGACAGCGGCGGCCCCGGCAGCGGCGGCGAGCGGCUGCUGUCCUUGGCGCGCCGCUGGGACCCCUGGACGCCACUGCAGCCCUUGGCCGCUGGGCCACCAGCUAUUGGUGCAGUAAGCAGUGCAGGCGUUGGGUCAGCCUCCCUGCAUGGCCCCGUUGCGCCAGCAGUGUUGCUGUUGGCGGGCUGCGUGAAGCGGCGUGGCGGGGCGCUGGCAUACGCGGGUGGUCACGAUGACGACGAUUGUGUCCUCUGA